AAAACAAUUAAGUCACAUACUCUUUGUAAAAUGUUAUAUUCCUCCGGAAUACCCAGAUAUUGUGAAAUGACACAUGUUGCUUUUAAAUGCUGGCUUACGUUCUCAUUUUAUUGCCGGAUUUAUGAUUGAAAUGCCUCAGACUAUCCUGAGACUUCGUGGAAUCAAUCUCGUUCGACCCUCGUAAACUAAUUCCGAAAACCCGCUCGGUGAAUCUGCGUUCUAUAAAUCUGUGCCGGUCAGUUUCAGUGUUCCAUGCCCGAUGCGAUUUUUCUAAACUGCUUGUUCCGUGCUCUAUGAUGAAAAAUUUGUAGCUGGUAGCUGUCAAUUAAUUAUCAAACGCCGGCUUUCUAGGACUCAUUCUUCAUUGAUUUUCUUCGAGUUUUCAUUGCUUUUUGAUCGGAACAUACAUAGAAAAAUGGAUCUAUUUCCACUAGAAUCUAAUCCUGAGGUUUUGACCAAGUUCAUACAUGUACUUGGAGUGCCUGAUAACUUCAAGCUAGUGGAUGUAUAUGGGCUUGAUGAUGAACCUCUAUCCUGGUUACCAAGGCCAGUGAUUGCAUUUAUUCUGCUAUUUCCUUGCAGUGAAAAGGUAUGUAUGAUAUUUGGCUAUUUUUUUCAUGCAGUAGCACAUACUGAUGAGGGAUGUCUCAACAACAUUGUCUUUAUUGGCUCUAUGAGUUACCCCAGAUAUUCAAGAGACACAUCUCGCUGCUCUAGCCUCGGUACAUUGUGGGCUUUAGGUAUAGUCAGACAUACCCCAAUAUUCAUCUUAUACAAAAUGACUCGUGCUUCUUAUCAAAGUAAAUUGAAAUAUUUCUGAUUAAGUAUGACUCACUCUUCAAUCAAUGUCAAAUAGCAUACAGUUUGAAAUGUGAGAAUGUGUGCAGUUUUAAGAAUGAAAAAAAAUUAUAAACAAUUAAAAUCUCAUGUUUUAUGUCUCUUAUAUUUUACAAUAUGGGAAGAUCUAAAUUAACUUGCAUUCUAGCAAAUUUAGUCUCAAUACUGUUCUAUAGGUAUACCAGAGUAUUGGUUUGGUCACCAACAACUUCAGGUAUCCCUCAAGUAAAAAAAUGCAUGGGGCUAGAUUUGGUUAUCUUACAGAUCGGUCAUGAUGAGCCAUUCAGGAAACUGUUGUGUUAAAGCAUAAAUCACAACUCUCUCCUUUAUAUGCAAUGGCAACAUCCUGUGUAAUUGCAUUACCCCAGGAGCAGGAAAAACCCUCAUGGCAUAGUGAAGUAAUUAUCUGAAUUCAUAGAUACAUCACAAUAGCUUUCCUUGGACAAAGUAGGGACCAAUUUUGACUACUUGUGAUAUUGGUUAUCCAGGAAUGAGCUCCAUUCUGUAUGUUUGGGGGGAAAAUCAGGGGAUAAAAGGAAAACCUAUAGAACUCUUCAUGUUGUAAAGGUAGUAAUAGCAACAAUGCAAAACUAGCAUUAUGAAGGAAAAAUAAAUUAACUUCCUAGUAUCCGAGCUGUAUGUCUUUGCUUUUCUGAACCACUCUGAGUGGCAAACGUUUAUUCCGAUCAUGACCAUAAACGUGAAGCUUCCUUAAGAAAUUCUGACAUUGAGGAAAGAGACACAUUUCUUGAUAAAAUUUGCUGUGCUGUUGUUUGUCGUAGAGUCUAGCUUCUACCACUAUUUUCAUUAUCAUAUUACAUGUUAAGGGAUAGAAUAGUUUAAGCUGAACUUCACCCAAUACAGAUGUUAUUUAUUAUUAUAUUAUUUUUUCCAUAAUAAGGGGUGCUGGAAUUCAGCAUUUUUUCUGGGCUAUCUUAUUCUCACUGGGUGUCUAAUCUACACUAAUAUUAUAAAGUGGUAAAGUUUAUGAGUUUGUGGGAAGUAAUCUCUGGAAAUGUUGAACUAAUUUUGAAAAUUGUUCCACCAAGUUACUUUAUUCUUAACUGUCAUAGUUAUAUAUGAUUGUGGUUGAUAAUAUUCCUUAAUGUGGAAUAACAAUAUUUGCUAAGCGCAAUGAAUUGCGAGCGUUCGGUCGCUGGUCCGUCCUAAUUUUCCACUUACCUAUAAAUAUAGCACCAGAACGGCACAGCCAUUCAUCGAAGGCCACUGUUAAAACUGUUGUGGGACAAUAUAAACGUGGCGACCAUCCUCACGGGCCCAGUGGUGAGACAACUUGCUUAUAUUCUGCGGAUACAGAUGAUUCUGACGGAUUUACCAAUAUCGUUCAAAUAUCAAGUGAUUUUUUUGAUAAAAAUCAGUACUUAAAUGAAAUUUAAUUUUUUUCUCAUGAGAGUUCAUGGAAUACUUAAUCAAAUCAGCUACAUAAAAGAAAAACAUUUACUCAAAUGCACGCUUUUAUUUGUUGAUGUAAACUAUGUUAUUAUAGCAAACUAUUAAUGAAUAAGAAAUUCAGUCAUCUAUUAUAAUAUUUGAAAAGGAAUAUCAAAUUCGCGGCCUCCUCAUUUAGAAUAUAGGCGUUAGUUGUUCAUGCUCAUCUGUCGGGCUCAACUAUAUUUUCCAUCAUUUCAAUGGUUUUACAUUUUUUAUUAUUUUCGCUGCUAACACUACUUGUUUGAAUGGAUCACUCUUUAAAUUC